AUGAACCUGAUCGGUGCGACACCGGCUGGACCCAAGCCAGCGUACAGUGCGACGUAUACAACACAGACAACUCGCCCGGGUACGCAGGCUACACCAGUCAAGAUACUGACGGCCACAACACCCAUUGUCCCCUCCUACAGCUCAACCUAUCCGUCACAACAGUCUCAGGUGAAGAAGACAUUCCACCCACAACAAAGCACCAACAGCAACACCAACACAGGAUCUUACGUGGGCCAGACGUACAGCUCACAGACGAGCAACGUAUCAGUGUCUGGCAACUACAGCCAGAGUUACUCCACCCCCACUUCUACCCCGAGUCAACCUGCGGCCAAACCCAAGCCUGCAACAACCACGUACUCAGGUUACGACGCUGCUCUGUAUAGUGCUGCCACGAUGUACGUGGCCCAACAGAGCCAGCCCAACACCACUACAGUGUCCACUGUCGGGCCACAGAAGGCGGCCACCAACACGUGGCAGAAUUUUAAGAAGCCUUUGGGUUUUGGGUUCAAGCUGAACAGGCCCAAGGGACCUGCCAAGCCACAGCAGCUUCACUAUUGCGAGACCUGCAAGAUCAGCUGUGCUGGCCCCCAGACUUACCGGGAACAUCUGGAGGGCCAGAAGCACAAAAAGAAGGAAAGCAGUCUGGCAGGCAGUGGUCCAGCGCCUCCUAGAGGUGGCACCUCAUUGCGAUGUGAGCUGUGUGACAUCACUUGCACAGGCACAGAUGCGUACAAUGCUCACCUGCGAGGCGCUAAGCACCAAAAGGUAGUAAAACUGCACACCAAAUUAGGGAAACCGAUCCCACAGACAAAUCCGACAGGACUGGCCAAGGCAGCGACUACUGGAACCACGGCCUCCAAAACAGCCACCACCGCCACUACCACUACAUCCUCUGGCGCAGGUGUCAAGAAAACUGACAUAUCCACAUCUAAAAUUAAUUUUGUAGCAUCCGGGUCAUUGGGGACAGUGAAGGUUGAGGGUGCGGCAGACGUCAAGGAGGAAAAGUCAGAGACUUCAGAUGUGGAGAUGUUGCCAGAGCCUGAGGUGACACCUGUCGGACAGGAAUACAUAGAGGAGAUCACAAAUGAGGACGGAAAAGUGGUGACAUUCAACUGCAAAUUGUGUGAGUGCCGAUUCAAUGAUCCUAAUGCCAAAGAAAUGCACAUGAAAGGUCGCCGACAUAGAUUGCAGUUUAAGAAGAAAGUGAAUCCAGAGCUGGUUGUAGAUAUCAAGAAUAAUAAUCGUAAUCGGAAAAUUCACGAGGACAGACUUCGUGCCAGAUUAGCCAUGAUGAGGAAACGAGAGGAAGAAAGGGCUAACUUCUGGACUGACAGGAUGAUGGAGGCAGAAGAGCGAAUGUACUGGGAAGAGAGGAGGAGGUACGAGGAAGAAAUGGACUAUUACGAGUGGUACAGGAGGUCUGUGCCUCAUCCAAGGGGUAUGCCACCCCCUCCUCCGCCUCCUGGUCACCCCUUCGGUCCUCCCGGACCUCCCAUGAUGCCCCCACCACCAUCUAAUUUUUUCCCACCUGGACCUCCACAGGGAGUGAUGCGACGACCAGAGAGCUUUGAUGACAAACACAUCAUUGCCAGACAUGCUGCCAUCUACCCUAAGGAAGCAGAGCUGCAAGCUGUGCAGAAAAUAGUAUCACACACUGAGAAAGCUCUCAAGUUUGUCUCUGACCACUUACUUUCCGAUGCAGAGAAGAAAAGCACUAUUGCUGCAGGCGCAGUGAAACCUGCUGGGGUUGCAGCAGCAGGUAACAAACCAGGUGCAGUGGUGAGGCCCCCUACCCCUACUCAAGGAGUAAGGCCAGGGGCCCCACCCAGGCCUGGCCAGACCCCUGUCAGAGGUCCGACCCCCACACCCCCUACCAUCAAGAAGGAACCCACCACACCACCGGCAUCGGUAAAGAAAGAAGAUCCGCCUAAGAAGGAGGACGGCCGUGAUGGCAGUCUGUUCUCGUUCCAGAAGGAGAAGGAAGAUGGGAGGGUAUUGAAGGGAGUGAUGAGGGUGGGAGUGCUGGCCAAGGGCUUGUUACUCAGCGGUGACUCCCAGGUGCGGCUUGUGGUGCUCUGUACUGAGAAACCUACCCGGACACUACUCGGCAAGGUGGCUGCCAACCUUCCUCAACAGCUCAAGGCUGUGGCUCCCGAGGACUCAUACACUGUGGAGAUGAAGGCUGACCAAGGCGCUGUGACUGUAAGUGCCUCGACCGAGCCCAAGAUCGUGGUGACUGUGUCUCUUACCUCUCCACUAAUGAGGGAACCUGUCCUGUUAGAGUCCACCGGAGAUGGUGUGUCAGCGCCCGCUAAGGACCCGCCCGAUGUACUCAGCAAGCAGAAAUGUUUGGACGCGUUGGCUGCUCUCAGGCAUGCCAAAUGGUUCCAGGCUAGGGCUACGGGACUCCAGAGUUGUGUCAUGAUCAUCAGGAUCCUUAGGGAUCUCUGCCGCAGGAACCCCACCUGGGCACCCCUCAACCCCUGGGCAAUGGAGCUCCUCACCGAGAAGGUGGUGAGUUCUGCCGGUGGUCCCAUGCCACCUGGUGAGGCGCUGCGCAGAAUCUUAGAGGCGUUGUCGUCAGGAGUGUUGCUUCCACAUGGACCUGGACUACUGGACCCGUGCGAGAAGGAGCCUGUUGAUGCCAGCGCAGGUCUAACACCACAGCAAAGAGAGGAUCUCACGGCCAGUGCUCAGCAUGCCUUGCGAUUGUUUGCGUUCCGCCAAAUCCACAAGGUGCUAGGCAUGGAGAUGCUGCCGCAGACCAAGUUCAUACCAAAGUACAACAACUACCGGUUCGGCCGCAAGCGGAGACGUGACAAUAGCAACGGGGAAGGUAAUGAUUCUGAAGCUGGAGAUGGAAAGAAGGACAAGAAGGAUGGUGACGCUGUUGUAAAAAUGGAGACGGAUAAGAAGUAAUUCUGAUAUUUGGAGUAAACUUUAUCAAUAUUAACUAAGAAUCAGUGUCAGUCCACCCAGCUAGUGUUAAACUCUUCAAUGUUUAUAAGGAUAAUACAGAUUAGUCAAUCAAUGUUAUUGUAUAUUUUCAGUGUGCAGUAUUGCAAUUAGUUUUAUUUUGAUGAAGUCAACAGCACUUUCAAUAAAUACUGCUUCCUAGACAACAUGGUCUCCUCUGGGCCACCUACUACAUACUAUAAUAUUAAGUAGGUUAUGAUCAAAUUAAAUUAUUUUACAUUGAAGUGAAUAAACUGAUAGGUUAAACAAUUUCACUUCCGACUUGCUUUUUUUAAAGAUUUUGCAAAUUUUGUGUUUUAUGUUUACUAGACCUGUUUUUCUUUUAGAUUAAGUUAAUGUUAUUUAGUGAGGAGUAUUAAUUUAGUUUUAUUAUCACUCACAGAUAAUAUUCCUAUUUGUUAAUUUGUAAAACUUGUAUAAUUUCUGAAUAAAUUAAUAUGAAUUA